AUGGCUUUGUCAUUCUUGCUUUGCGCUGCUCUGAUUUGGCUUGGAUAUAUACCCUUCGGUCAUUCAUUCAGCGCUGCUCGUCACAUCGCUGAUCCAGCUCUAAAGACAACUGGAGUUCUGGAUGUAUUUCAAGUAUACCAACCUGUUGCCACUUAUGGAAGGGAAAAUUCUGCGUGCGAACAUGAAAUCCUUCUUAUGGAUCAUGUAUUUGCCUCUAGUUAUGGCAAACCCUUUGUAGGAUACUACGAACCGCCGCAGUGUGAUUUUGACACGGUACGGAUCAAUAUUACUGUGACAUCAAGGGGUCGACAGUAUGACCGACUGGCAAUCAUGUAUCUUGGAGAUGCAGAAGUGUUUCGCACAUCAACCGCUGAACCUACCAGUAAUGGAAUUGUCUGGACAUACAUCAAGGAGAUGUCACAAUACAACGCCUUAUGGAAGGAGGAACAGAAGCUGAUCUUUGAUCUUGGAAACUUGAUCUCAGACGUCUACACAGGGAGCUUCAACGUGACACUAACUGCUUUCUUUUCUCGGCAGGGAAAUGUUCGCGCAGCGGAUAUGAUCUUGCCUAUAUCCGCUGGCAGAUCAACAUCCAAUGGAUCAAGCGCAUUCAUCGUGCCUUCGGACAAUACAACAACGGCCUAUCAGUUUCCUGAUUCUGCAGCUCGUGCCGUUGUAUCCAUUUCUGCCUGUGGACAAUCUACGGAGGAGUUCUGGUGGUCCAAUGUUUUUUCGGGCGAUACAGAGUCCUUUGAGAGCACAGUCGGUGAGCUUUACGGAUAUUCCCCGUUCCGCGAAAUCCAACUCUACAUUGAUGGGUUGCUUGCCGGCGUCGUCUGGCCUUUCCCAGUUAUCUUUACCGGUGGUGUCGCACCGGGUUUUUGGCGCCCGAUUGUCGGCAUUGAUGCUUUUGAUUUGCGACAACCAGAGAUAGACAUAUCUCCGUUUUUGCCCUUUCUUAAAGAUGGGCAGGAACAUUCGUUUGAAAUCAAAAUUGCGGGUCUAAAUAUUCAAGAUGACGGGAAUGCUACACUCUCCGACCACGUCGGCUCAUACUGGGUCAUCACAGGAAAUAUCUUUGUCUACCUCGACGAGGAUGCAGAGUCCAACUCCUCUGAAAAAGCGCCUCAUAUAUAUGCACCUGCACCAAGCCUGGCCGUCAACCGAAAUCUUAUAAAAAAUGAGACUGGGGGAAAUGAUACCCUUUCAUAUUCUGUGAUCGUUAAGAGGUCUAUUGCCAUCAGUUCAUUACAGUUCUCCUGGGAGCAAUCGCUGGAAUAUUCCAACUUCGGGUUACUCAAUCAGCAAGGCUUGAGCCAGUCGAAUAAUCAAACCACAUAUGGCAAGGUCUCAAUAACGAAUUCCGAAGCAAAGGACUCAUCAGAUGAGGUCACAUUUGUAUAUCCUCUAUCAGUCAACACAACAUACAACAUUAGUGAUACAGGGCUUGCCAUAGACGCUAAAAUAAGCAGAGGUCUCGAUAUAGAGGCGACAGCAUUGCUCGGUAUCUCGUCCUAUACUCUCACUUCCGAACCCUUGCGAUUACAUACGAUGCAGGAAGGCAGCGCGUCCUACCGUUCAGUCACAGGUGGUUCGUCCACAUCCUCUGGAGACACCAGUGACACUUUCGAGAGUGAUAAUGGGCAACUCUAUCAGAGGACUGUCCGUGCUGUCAAUGGCAGUGUUGUCUUGGACACGGAUGAUACGAAUGCCCCGUCCAUGUGUGGUCUAUCUCAAGCGGAUCAGAAUAAUGUUGUGUUGUCUUCCGGAAGAGACAACAUACGAAGUAUCAUUGGAAGAGGACCCGGAAACGAACGAUGA